AUGACUGAGGAAGAGAUAGCCAAGAAGAAAAAGAAGAAGAAGAAGUCGAUAGUGGAAGAUGGUGAAGGUGACGAAAAUAAUGGCGAAACCAUCAAGAAGAAGAAAAAGAAGAAACUGAAGAAGGCAGCGAGUGAAAGUGCUUUGACUGCAGAUGGACCGGUGAAGAAAAAAAAGAAAAAGAAAAAGAAGGUUGCCGGGGACUUUGGAGGAGAUUCAUCAGAUGAUGACGAUGACUUUUUGCCUGAUUCACCCCUUAAGGAUGAACCUAAGAAGACUCUAAAACGGUCAAAAAGUCUUUCAGGAGAUUCUAAUCACUCUGCAGACUUGGGAAGUAUCAGAGAAAACGGUGCCAUAAUACCGCGAGAUAGGUCAUCCAGCCCUUCAGGUCGACCAAAGAUGAGGCCAUCAGGAGCAGGCAGAGGUAUGCAACGAGCCCAAAGCUUAAAUUUCGGCGGUCGUGGAGGAGGAAUGAAUCGCCAAGGAAGCAGCAGAAACAGUAUGAAUGGACGAGGAAGGGGAAUGGGCAAUCGGCAAACGUCAAGAGGCGGUGGUCUUUCUAUUUCAGAGCACGGACCUGGCCGAGGUGGAAGAGGAAUGGGCAUCCGCCAGCCAUCGAGAGGUGGAGGCCUUUCCAUGUCGGAACAUGGACCUGGCCGAGGUGGAAGAGGAAUGGGUAUGCGCCAGCCAUCGAGGGGUGGAGGACUGUCAACGUCAGAGCAUGGACGUGGUCGAGGUGGACGGGGUAUGGGAUCGCGACAGUCAUCCAUGAGACAAAGCAAUAGAUUUAAUGGAGGUCUUGAUGGUGGUUCCAACCACGGCGGAAACAAACGGGUCAUGAUGGCCCGACAGCCUUCCGCCAGGGUUGAAAUGGAUGGUCAGAUUGAGGAAAUGUCCGUUGGAUCAUCCCGUCCAGGUAGGGGACGCCCGUCUUUGGCCGACACCAAACGAAGCUAUAGUCAAGCAAGUAUGAGCUUGUCCAACCACUCACUGGACUUGGGUGACUUCGGAGAUGAGCCAAAAUGGAAGAAGGUGUUGCGCUAUUUGCAUAUCAUGAAACCGACUCCGGACGAAACACCUAUUCAAAGAAAACAACGAUACCUCAUCUGGUUUGCCCUGUUUCUGGAUUUUAUCGCUGCCAUGGUUUCUAUUUUUUCCUACGAUGGAGUGACUACCUGCUGUGAAGUUCCAAUUUUCGACACAGCUUCAACUGUGCUCGACUGGGAUGUGUUUAUCAGAACUACAACAUACAUUUACACAGCCUUGUUAUUCAUUGAAAUCCUCCCUGUCUUAAAGAAGGGACUGCCGAUCAACUUGAUCAAUCCAUUGCUCGGAUUUGGAAUCACUUUCGGGAUGUUUUUCGACGACCGUAUCUUCGAAGCUGUGGCCAUGUGGCUCAUUGAAGCCAGUGCCAUUGGAUGUGAAGUUGUUGUCUUUCUUCUAAAACGAAAAGAGUUCAAUGAAGGUCAAAAACGAGUCGACGAUGCUACUACUGAAAUAGAAAGUCGAAAGCCAAAGAGCAGGAAGAGUAAACUCGCUCGAGGAUCGUCGAAAACAUCAUUUGAUGAUGAUCUGGGAUUGGAGGAAGGUGCUAACAGUGAUCUUCGGAAUUUGGAUAAUUUCCGGCUCGAGAGAGAACGGCGUCGUUUGAGAGUGGCCCAAAGCACAGAGGAAAUAAGUCUGCGAUAUCACUUUAUUGGAACUAUAAUCAAUUGCGGAUUGGUUGUUCUAUCGAUGAGUCUAAUUGCUGGUGUUGGCAAAAACGGAGGUUUGUGCAUCAUAGACUUGGCGCAGCCGCCCCUGUUUGCGAAUGACCAGCAGUUUCGAUGCGCUGCAUGUUUCACUCCGGAAAAUGAAAACAACAAAGAUUUUUGGGAUGAGGAUGGGAACGUCUGUCAAAUAUGUGAUACAUCUGAAGGAGGCACCAAUCACGUGUGCUACUAUUCGUAUAUCUAA